UUCCCCUCCCGGACCCGGGCUGCCUCCUCCUCAGUCUCAGCCUCGCCUCGCUCUGCUCUGCUCCUGUCCUGCACUCAGUACUGCCCUGCUGACCGCGGGCGGGUGCGCGAGCUGCGGUUAUUCCCCCCAGCGGCAGGACGCUGACCCCCCUCUCCCCUGACCGGACGGGAGUCUCACUGACUGACUGACUGACUGACUGCUCAACAUCCUAAUGCUCUUUAGCACAAGAUGGCGGAGCCGAGCAUGGAGAAGGACGCGAUAAAUACCGAAGAUGAUCAUCUUAACAAUUCAUUUGGAGACCCGGGAUUAAUCUCCCCUGACAAAGAGGAUAUCUCCCGAAUUCUGACAGUUCCGUUCAAAGGACGGAUCAGAGGUGGGAUGAGGCCAGGGAAGAAGAUCAUCGUCAUGGGCAUCGUGGACCCAGAGCCAGACAGCUUUGACAUCAGUCUGACCUGUAGCUCCAAUAAGGAGAAGGAUGAAGAGGACAAAAUGGAUGUGGCCCUGAAACUUAGUGCCCGCUUUGCUGAUCGGCAGUUCCUGCGAAAUUCAAGGAUCUCUGGGAAGUGGAGUGAAGCAGAGGCUUCUAUUUCAUACUUCCCAUUUAUCCAGGACCAGCCUUUUAGGAUUGAGAUUCAUUGUGAACACCAGCGCUUUCGGAUCUUUGUGGAUGGACAUCAGCUGUUUGACUUUUAUCACAAAGUGAAGUCUUUGCUGACCAUUGAUAUGAUCCGGAUAGACGGGAGUCUACAGAUCACCAAGUUGGGCUAAAUUCCAGCACCAGCUGAGCAUUUUCCAGAGAGAACUUCUGAUAGGUGUCAAAGCCCACCUGUAAGUCGUGAUGUAGCGAUAUUGAAGGUCUCUGGGCUUCUGCUCCUACAAAGACAACAUCAUCACAGCCUACAUUCCCUGCUUUAUUCUUUCCUUCUCCUAAUCCCAUACUUUCAGUUACACAGGUUGGAAGCUUAAGACAUAACAGGUGAAUGGUUGCAAUGUCAGCUGUGUGUCUGUUUGGAUGUUCUUAAAUCAUGCUGUAGCUUUUUGUUUUUGUGUGUGUUAAUUUUCAGGGACUGUGUAAUUGUAUGCACUCAAAGGUACAAAGCUGCUCCAGAGGAGAUCUUACUGCUCAAAAAAAGGACUGUAUUGCCUAUUCAUAGUUCUGCACGGUGAUCACUUCUUACUGACAGAGACUCAGGAAAUCAAGUGUUGUAUACCUGUGUAAAACAACAAGCAAAAGAAAUAACAUGUACCAAAGCAAUGAAAAUGCACCUAGAUUUGGUACAUCAGCUGUCUCUGCAGUUAAGCUUCCCACUAAUGUCCAAAAUAGGAGGCGAUGAGGAUCAUUUGGAGAACUCUGCAUUGCAUAGAAAUAUCUAUGAUAGACAUAAUAUAAAUAGUUUAGUUUCUCAGCUGCUGUUCAUUGCAACCAUCCACAAAUAUAUUGCACUGAUUUAAAACUUAGAAUGUAGUACAUUGAAAAUUGAUUAAUUGAAGUCAGGUGUUUGUCCUACCAUCGGUAGAAAUAAGAACUGAUUUAUGAAGUUAGCAAGAUCACACAAGCCACUGAACACCAUAAUGAUCAUUCUGUGACGUCCUAACUUAGGAAUUUUAGUACAGUAAUGCAAAGUUUAACAAGUCUCCGGUUUCAGUUUUGUUUCCCUUAGUAAAAUCGUAUAUAUUGACUUUGCAAAACAUACAUUUACAAAACAAAAUCACCUACUGAAGUUUACAUUCAGUGUUUGUGCUAAGAGCUAAUUAUGAAUGAAGUAUAACAGGGCUGUAUUGUUCCUUGAAUGUAACGUCAUGAACUUAUGGGCUCUACAAUAACGAUACCCAAUAAGAAGAAGUACCUUAACUAAUAGCACUAAAUCGUAAUAUGCUAUUGAUCUUAACCUUUGUGUCAUUCCGUACACAGCUACUUUUGGACUGCAAUGCCGAGGGAUGGCUUGUGUUGAGUAGUUGUGUCUUUUUCUCUGCUGUGUUCUAUUCAUGAUGUCUUUGAUGUCUUUUCUAGUCUUUCUUUAACUUUAAGCACCCUGCGAGUUUACCCACCAGAUGGAAGGGCAUAUGUUCACACAACUGUUUUUGUACAACCUCUGCAUCUGCUAACAUAUAGAUUAUCACGAUUAGUAUUGUCAUCGUUUCUAAGCUGUUAACUAAUUAUCUAUCAUGACUUAGUUGUAUGUCUUUGCAUGGCAUUUUGCCAAAAAGAAGUACAGUAUUUGUCAUUGGUGUCCAAGCCAGUAUUCAGCUUGAUAUGUAUGCAUUAUACAUUUUGUAUAGCAAUGUCUCUUGAGUACGAUAAUGGACACUGCAUUUUAAUCCUAAGGUGUCUAAAGGGAUGUAAAAGACCUUCCGUAAACAGAGUACAGACUAAAUUAAGUCUGAUUGAAGGUUUCUUACUCUGCACUUCUGGACCAUUAGUUUUGUCAGCACUCAGAGCUGAAGUCGUGUAAAGCACAGUCUGCAGAGCACUAAGUGAAACUUAGAUAUCAUAGAAGUCAUUAUCCAGCUGCACUCAGUUAUCCAGAUUAAUUGUAUUAACCUUUGCUCUGCGGGUGCUUCAAAAUCUACACGCAGAUCUGAGACUUUUUCAUAGAGUCGCAAUGUAGCAGUUAUAUGGUUGGUGACAUUAAUUGGUGUUCUGGCAUUGCUUUGUCACCUGCUCAAAGUAUCUUACAGCAGUAUCAGUAAUCUAGCAAUAUGAGAAUAU